AUGGAUCAAAGGUCCAUGACCACCCUUCCUCACCACGCAUCUGCCCAGACCCACACCUUAUCGGUCGACUUUGCCUGGAGUCAAUUCAAAUCCCUCGUCACCGACGCCAGCGACGAAAGCAAAACCCCGCUCUACAUCGUCUCAUGCAACGUCCUCACGUCAAAGCUGACUUUCAAAACUGCCCCCGAUGACAAAAUCAUGGGCACCAGCUCGGUCCACGCCAUCAGCAUCAGUCCCGACUACGAGCUGCACGGCGUCAAAGGCACCCUCCAGGCCCAGCACCGACUGCGCACCAUCUACAGCCACACAUCCACCGUCUUCUCCGACUCAGGCGCCCCCGUGAAAAUGACCUGGACCAGUCAGAGCGGCUUCAAGAACUGGGACUUUAUCUGUGUGGAUGAGAUGCAGCAGCCCGUGGCCAAGUUUUCGGCCAGUAUGUGGAACCCGAAGAAGUGGGCCACGAUUGAGAUUCUGGGACCCAAGGCCCAUGAUGUGAGGGCGAGGGAUGAGAUUGUGCUUGUUGGGUUCACCUUGUACUGGUGUAUGGUGGUUCGGAUAAACAAUCCUCUCAAUCUCUUGGGUUCGGUCUUCAUGUCCACGGAGAAGACAAGCGAGGAAGAGCAGAUUGAAAAGCCGACUCGGGUUGGAGCGGUGUCGUCGAGCUGA